CAUCUCUACUUAAAUACUCAAAUUCCUUAUUAGUUGUUGUCCUACACUUUUAUUUGUAAAGAUUACAACAUAAUAAAAUAAAACUCCUAUGUAAUCUCUUUUUCUCACUUCUUUCUUCCCUUCCCUUUCACCUUUUAAUAUUAUUAUUGUUACAUAUGGCAGAUAUGAAAUCAUGGCAUUGGAUAUUAAUUGGUCUAGGCAGUGUAAUGACUCUUCUUUUCUUUACAAGUGGUUUCAUUUAUUACAGACAAAAGAAAAAAAGAUCCCUGACACUAAACGAGAGCCAGCAGGAGAAAGGUAUCAUUAUAGCAAAUCAACCCAUGUCGAAGUUAUCUAUGCAGCAGCAACAACAACAACAAGAGUUUAAUUAUCAUCGUCAAGACAAGGUAAAUAAACAACAGUUUGCAAUACUAACUUCUGUUCAAAAUGGACUUUCACCACCUAAACAACAAAGGACAAUAAAUUCUGUUGUAGUAGCAGAAGAAGAAGAAGAAGAAAAGAAUACGGCUACUACUACUACUACUACAAUUCUUUAUAGUGUACCCAUCAUUGGACAACAACAAGAACGAAUAAAAAUAAAAAAGGAAGAGAAGGAGGAGGAGGAUAAUGAGAUGGUAGAAAAGAAUACUUCAAAAAAGUUAAGAGUAUUUUCACUUUCACCUAUGCAUUUGACUUUAUCAGAGAGUCCAUGUUCUGAAGGACGAACUUCUUCUUCUUCUUCAUCAUCAUCAUGUCAUCCUAAUAAUUAUAGUAGUGUUUCUAGUCAUGGUGAUAGUACUACAUAUCGGACCGUUACUACUUUAACUCCAUAUAAUUUAAAUGAGCUUGACUGGAGAGGUCCCACACCUCCCUGGACUCAACAUUAUCCUGGUCAUAAUGAAGAUUAAUGUAUAAAACCUAUUGAAUCAAUUUUUAUUACAUUCACUGUUUAAAAUAGAUAAAACCUUGUACAUAUAAUAAAAUAAAAUAAAAAAAAAUAACAUAAAAUAGAUUUCUUUCUUUCUUUCUUUUGUUUAUAGAUGAAUGAGACCUUUAAGGACUACUAUGUUAUUAUCAAC